AUGUAUGUUUUUCAGGUUCAAGAAAACUCCCCAGCUCAACAAGGAGGACUGGAACCUUUCUUUGAUUUCAUCAUUGCCAUUGGACACACAAGGCUUAAUAAGGAAAACAAUAUGUUGAAAGACCUGCUGAAGGCAAAUGCUGAGAAAGCAGUGAAGCUGGAGGUGUAUAAUAUCAAAACAAUGAAAAUAAGAGAGGUGGAGGUGAUCCCCAGUAACAUGUGGGGAGGACAAGGCCUUCUUGGAGCCAGCGUGAGGUUCUGCAGCUUCCAGGGAGCCAAUGAACACGUGUGGCAUGUUUUGGAUGUUGAACCUGCAUCUCCUGCAGCUCUGGCUGGUCUACAGCCCUACACUGACUACGUUGUUGGAUCUGAUCAGAUUCUCCAGGAGUCAGAGGAUUUCUUUUCCCUGAUUGAAUCCCAUGAGGGGAAGCCGCUGAAGCUGAUGGUUUAUAACACUGAAGCAGAUUCCAUUCGAGAGGUAGUUGUGACUCCCAAUGGAGCUUGGGGUGGAGAAGGAAGCUUAGGAUGUGGUAUUGGAUAUGGCUAUUUGCACAGAAUUCCAACACAAUCCAUAACAUCAAAGAAAAAGCCAGAAAGCAAACCACCUUCACCCUCAAUAGAAGCUGGAACUUCUGUACCAUCCACUAAUGGUUACACAGAGACUCCAUUGUUGGCACCUACCUCUCAGAGUGAAAGCUCUGAAACAGUCAUGAACUUGGAUCAUUCCAGAGAUCAAGAAAUGAGUGGUUAUUCACCAGAAAGCUCACUUUCUCCUCCUCCCCCUCUCCAGAGAGUUAUGGAUCCAGGAUUUCUAGAUAUGUCUGGUAUUUCAUUUUCUGAGCUCACUAGCUUAACAGAAGUGUCCAGCAUGUCCCCAUCUGCCUCCUUCAACACGCCAGCAGCAGGUGCUUCCACAGGCCCUGAAAAAUUAAUGUCAAAUGAUGAAGCCUCUGAGUAUUUUGAACAUGCCACAGCUUUGGCCCCUGAAGAUAUAACCCUGCAUUCUGAAGGCUCAGUCAAGCAGCCAGAGCUGGAUGACCUACUGCCUUCAAUUCCACCUUUACCUUCUUUUCCUCUUCCACAUGAAAUUUCUUCAAAAACAACUCAAGGAACUGAUCCUGAUAACCAAGAAUUAAAGCUGCUCGUGAACAGCACUGAGAGCUCAUUAACCACUGCUCCAGAGAAACCAGAGGAAGAAGCAGCAAGUGAACAGAAAGAAGAAGCAGCUGCACAAGACACCGAGUGAAAUGGACCCUGCUUGUGUUUACAGACUGUCAAAUGCUGCAGCUUGGAAUAUUUUUCUGAUCUUGAAAGAAUUACAGUUACUCUAUUUUGUUAGUGUAGACAAUACUAGAAAAGAAAUCACAUGAAGUACAUAUCUUGUUGUAUUUUCCAAUCACUGUUUUAAUGGAUUGAUCUGUGUUCAAACUUUGAAUGCUGUCCAAAAAUCACCAAAUUAAUGGAGAAAUUAAUGCAGAAACAAGUUGGACACUGGCAGAAUGUCAAGUUCCAGAAUUCACGUUUGCCUACAAGUGCUCCUGAAUGUAUUUAUGAAGGCACUGUGCCUGAACAGUGACAGUGAUGAUUUUAUCAGUAUGAUUGAUGGCAUUAAAAAAAAUAUUUAUAGUUUUGUUAGAAAGCUUUUCUAAUGGUACUCCUUGGGUAGACAGUUCUUGUGACUUGCAAGGCAUUUCUCACCCCAGGAUACUUUUAUUCCUACUUAAUACUCCUCAGACUGUUAUUUUUCUUGUUUUAAGUCCCUUCUCUGUUAGAUACCUUUGCUACAACUACUUCCUCAGUGAAGGAAGUGCCAUGUGGUUUGAAGUUGCAGCACAGAGAUGGGACAGAGUCAUGGUGGGUCCUGUCACUCACUUCUGCUCUUCUGUGGACCAGGGGGUGGCCUCACACUUAAAUAAAAAAUGAAGCAGAGGAGGGAAUGAUGACGGUUAUUUGAGACAAAUGGAAGUGAAAAUAAUGUUUAAGUUGGGGUGAUGAACCUUUUCAGUGGAGCUGAAUGUCUUGGCUUCUGUAAUGACUGAGAAAUAGCUUUUCUUUAGUUGUGCUUUUCUAUUUACUCAUUUCUAUUUUUAUACAGAUCAUUGUAAGUUUAAGACAUGGGGCUGUUGUGCAGCAACAUCAACUGCUUUUUGUAGCUUUUUUGUUUGCACUUGUCUUCAAAUAGACUCUGAAUGUAGCAGCAAACAUGACAUGAGCAAUGAAAGGCGUGUGGUUCUGUAACCCUCAGGGCAGUGAUUUAUCAUGGAAUGUCAAAGGGAUAGGGAAUAACACAGUUACUGUGGUGAAACUCCUUCCUGAAUUAAGAGAUGGGGGGGGUGUUGAAGCUAAACACCGAAGUACAUUUAUUUAGCACAAUAUUGCCUGAUUUCCUUUUCCCUGCCCUGUCUCCUGCUCUGUUUCUGCACUGUGCAGACCAGUACGUGACAACUGCCAGGGCUGAAAUCUGGUACUGAGGCAGGAGGGGGGACUCACAGUCCCACAGAUUUGCCUGUGACAGCUCAGCUUCACCUGAAGGGUGCAGGUGAAGUCACACCACAAGAGGUCUUCAGCUAAAAUCUGACCUUGGUACUCCUUCAUCUCUGUUGUUAGUCUGAAAUACUGCAAGUACAGUAGUUCUGAACAGGACUGUCAAAAUACCUGUUGCUUUAAAGAAUGUAUUGAGCCCCAACUGCAGGCAGUAGAACAUAGAUUUGGACUCUAGUCUGCUAAAUGGUCUGUUAAUUGCAAACUGGUUUUAUUUCCUGUAUUGCUAAAAUAAAUUUCCUCUCUUCUUUCCUCACCUGACUGUUACAGGGGUGAACAGCCAAACACUAAAAAUAAAUGUAAUUUAAACUAUUGCUAAGUUUGUUUGGUCUUGGAGCCUGAUGACUGAAGACAUCUAGGUGAUCUAUUUAUUGAUGUUGUUUCUUUAGGACUUGGUUCUAGUCUUCCACCUUUCUCAAAACUGGUUUUAAGCUGGUAGUAGCUCAUUUAAAUGAUGCUGUACCAUUAACAGAAAUUUAAGAGCAGAGAAUGUCAAAACUUGUUCUAGAUUUCAAAUGUCACCAUAAUAAAUGGCUUAAACUUA